CCAAAACCCGUCGGAUUGUCUGAAGUCGGGCGCGCGGGGGGGGGAGGGGCGGCCCGUUUGCGGGUCCUCCGCUUGGCAGGAGGUUUUUUUUUAAUAGAAAGCCAGAAAUCACCCCCAGGCCACCGCUACUUCUCAAGAUGAUCACGAGAUCUUGUCUGGGAACAAUGCCGCCUGUUUGGACCCAGCCGUGGAUGCCCUGGCUGCUUCUGUUGUAAGGCAAGGGGCAAGGCCGAAAGGCAGGCCUUCGAGUUUGGGGGUCUGACUGCUUUUCCUGCUCUGAGAGAGUGGAGGGGGUGGGUGAGCCUGAGCUGCUCUCCCUCCCCUCCCUUCCAGAAGGAACCCAUAGGCAAAAUCUUCUCCGUGCCCUGCAGUUCUCACUGCACUCCCCGCUGGCUGCCGGGCAGGGCCAGCCAUCCUUCCUGCCAGGGCCCCAGGGCCUCACCUCGCUCGUCCCGAGGUGAGACGGAGGCCUCCCUCGCGGCGGGGGACAAAAUGGCGUCGGGGAGAGGGGAAACAGCUGCCCUUCACCUCCAGCUGCAGGGGGCUGCCGAGCCGAGCCCACGGCCGGCCAUGAAGAUGGAGGACAGGGCCACGCAAGAGAUGGGUCGAGGAGGGGUCUCGCGCUUCCUUCAGAUCGGCUCCACGCGGGAGUUCUUAUCUGGAGAGUCCUCACGCCACGUCAAACAGGAGCCGGAUGAACUUCUCCCGCCCCAUCACUGGGCUCCCCCCAGGCAGGAGUUUUCUCCAUCGGGGUGGAGAAACCCAGCUCUACCCAAGCCCCCGACGUGGGACAAUAGCUCUUUCCAGGCCCCAUACGAGACUCCGGGCAAUUCGAGCCCCUGGCCCUCGGGAGGAUGGGGAGGCCAGACUCUGGCCAGCCUGAGCAGGGGGACUCAAACGGUCUACAGCGUCCAGGAGCAGCGAGAACGGAGGAGCCACGGGGGCCUCAAGGAGGAGCCUCCGAACGAAGGGACGGUCGGCGUGGAGAUCCUGCGCCAGCGUUUCCGGCGGCAUCGCUACCGAGAGGCCGAGGGACCCCGCGAAGCCUGCAGGCAGCUGCAGGAGCUUUGCCACGAGUGGCUCCGGCCGGAGAGGCACACCAAGGAGCAGAUCCUGGAGCUGCUGAUCCUGGAGCAAUUUUUGACCAUCCUUCCCCAGGAGAUGCAGAGCUGGGUCCGGGAACGGAGGCCGGAGACCUGCAGCCAAGCAGUGGCCUUUUCAGAAGAGUUCCUGGCGCGGCAGAGAGAGACCCAAAGGAAAGAGCCACAGGUGAUGUGGUCCUUCGAGGACUUGAUGUUGAACCCUACCCGGCCACCACCUGCCCAGUAUUCUGCCAUGUCACAGCAGGUCCAUUACCCCGCGGUGGCACUGCCCAUGCAGUACCCACCCUUAGCUCCCCAGUCUCAGUACCCUGCCGUCGGACAGCCAGCCCCACACCCCAUUGUGACGGAGCGAGUGCCAGCGGAUGCUCGGCAGAGGAUGCUCGGCAGGAAGUCGGCGUCCGACGACGGCGCCACCCUCCGCCCUUACGGUCCCAUCCAGGAGUUCCGGAGGCCCCUCACCAACGCCGAGCGGAUGAGGAAUCGGAGGAUGAGGAACCGGAAGCAGCGCUUGGAGACCAGCAUGCAGCUGGUGGAGUCGGCCUCCCGGGCCCCCUCCAUGCUGUUGGAUGCCAUGCGGGGCCUGCACUGUCACGACCUGAAGGCCUUUGACAGGGCCAGGCAGGAGGAGAGGCAGCACCGCAAGCAGGAACGGCGGCAGGAUCGAGCCACGGCGCAGCUGAUGGUCGACGCCAUCAAACGCUCCCACAGUGACCUGGGGGAAUUCCUGGGAAGGCAGACCUCCGCCAUGGCUGCCAUCGCGGAGGUCUUUACGGGCCAGAAGUCGCCCGCCCAGAGCACCUACACCAAUCCCAGCUCUUACUCAGGGUAUGGCAACCCGCCCUGGGGUCCCCCAGAGCCUGGAGCUCCAGUACCGUCCAGCCACGUCCCUGGCAUGCCUUCCGAGCCGGUCGCCGGUCCAGUCAUUCCCUGCCCAGUGCCUCCGGUAGCCCUGCCUGGGGGCAGCGGUGACCCAGUCCCGGAGCCGUCUCCCACCGCUGGACCAAGCGAGGCUGCUGCGCCCGAUUCCCCAAAGCCUUCCACCUCUGAUGCCACUUCCUGUGGCCUUGAGGCCAGGCCCAGCAGGGGCACCAAAAGGAAGACAUGGGACUGAGGACCCAUAACUUUAUAUAUAUAUAUAUAUAUAUAUAAAGAUAUAAAGAGAUAUAUAUAUAUAUCUCGUUUGUUUUUUUCUUAGGGCAAUUUCAUUUCCUGUUGCCAGCUUGGCAAAUUCCACCAUGUCUCCCUGCCUUUAGCGUGUUAGGCGGACCUCCCAUCUUAAUCUAUGCAAGGAAGCCUGAGGCAAAGCUUCAGGCCCAUAGGAAGGGUUGCUGCGGGCUUCUGAGUCCCCCGGGAUGGCAGAUUGUAAAAGAGAGAAAGCCGCAGAGCGCUUGAUCUGUUGGAGGUGGAUUAGGAGUGCAGCUUUGGGGCAAGUAAGUUGCAUCUGCCCAUCUGCAAAAUAGGAAUAAUCAACCCACGUUUACAUAGUCACUUAAAAACAGAUACUCUCAAGGUCAUUUUACUUCUCCGGUAAUUAAAAGGAAGUGAAAAUCGCAAGCUCUUCAAAUGACCGUUAAGAGGUGCUAUUCGUCUUCCCAUUUCUCAGUUGCAAUUUAUUUAUUGUAUUUAUUGUAUAUAGGUAUAUAUACAUACACACACACACACACAUACUGACUAAGAAUAUUGAAGAACCAAGUUGGUUCCAACAAUCAAAACACAGGCUUGUAAACUUAAAAUGGGGAGGGGGUGUGGGUGGGUGGGUGGGUGGAAGUACAGUGUUUACCGAGCUGCUGCUUCGAGUAAGAUUCCUUUUAUACCCAUUUUGCAGACGGGAGGGCAGCAAGUGAGGCUGAGGAUUCGAGGUGUGCCAAACUUUUUCAAGUCAAAGCAUUCUGGAGCUUAGAAAGGGGUCCCAUCCCGACCUC